AUGGUUGGUGCUGUCUCUGGACGUGAUCUGUGCGACAAACCCGACCAGCUCGUACUUGGCCAGCCCGCUGCCGGCGAUCGCGUUCGGACGCACCACCGGCCGUCCCGUGUGCGAAGGAGCAGAGUAGAACUCCGGGACCAGCCAGUCGUCAAACCCACGCACCUCGUUCAUCUGCUCGUUUGUCAGGUCAACGUUCAACAUCAGCACGUUUGGCAACUGCUCGAUGCUCAGCACCGCCUCGAUUGCGUGCACGCGGUCGCAUUGCUGGCAGAAGAUGUUGUGUUGCAACGUCUUGUUCAUGGAUGCUUCCAGGUAGUUCAGAAUGGUGACCCCGGAAACAGCAGGGCUCGGAACAACGUUCAGGUCGAGCGAGUACACCGUCGUGGAGCUCUUGUGCUCAAACGAGCAGUAAGGAGACCGCAGCAAAGUGUGUGCUGGAAUCCCACAGAUACCGUCCACGUGAACAGAGGUUUCCUGGUGGUACAAUGCCAGCUCGUCCUUGGCCAGACACUCGGCCAAAAACUUGGAAAACAGGUGUGCGAGCUUGCGCUGGCCGCGAUCGUUGCGGGUCUUGCCGUCCGGGUUCAGCAGCCCCAGCUCGCGCGCCUGGGGAAGAGAACUGAACAGUUUCUGGAAGUUGGCAGCCACCACGUUUCGUCCGUUGGCCUUCACGAGCAUGUCCAGCAAGUACCCCAGUUCCGCAAGCACACAAUCGUCGUACCGGACAUCUUCCGCAAGAGUGCGCACCACAAAGUUGAAAAUCGGCGGCGUGAACCGGUACAGCUGGAUCAUUGCGUUUGUGUACGCGUUGUCAACGUGCGUUUCGAGACCAGCGUACUGCGUGUUGUUGUAGAAAGUAAAGUCGAAAUCGUCCACUCCAAACUUGCUUCGUCCUCUCUUUCACUUAAAAACUUGGGGAACUUGGUGUCUGCGUGCUUCUUAGUCUUCAAUGGCCGCUGUUUCACGUGCAGGUUGCGCGGCCCAAAUUUGUCCUUGUUGUACGGCGCCAUAGUGAACCCGUCAAUCGUCUUCGAGUCGCGAAGAAUCUCCGGGUCGAUCUGCGGAGGCAGCUUGCCAACCUCGAAUUUCAAAUCGGACGGCCAGGCAGACAGGAGCAUCGACUCGUACCGAGGAAGCUUGAUCAGGUUGUACGGAGCGUCAGUGUCGAAAGACAAGUGGUUUUCCGGCGGAAUGGUCUCCACGUCCAGCGUGGGUCUGAGCGGUUCCUGGCUGAGCACUGCGAAAUUCGGAGGUCUCAUCAUCUGGUCGGACCACAAAUGGAGUGUCUGCAUAGCAUCCACAAAGGCAAAACACUCUCCCGUGGCCGAGAUGUCGGAUAUCGUAAGAAACGACGAGAUGUCCGCCUGGUACAGAUGGAGUUUGGCCGGGUCGCAGAUGUCGAUGAAAUUGAUCUGGCCCAUGCUGGACACGAUAACUGCAACGUUGGGUGCUUUCGGGUGGAGAUGUGCCUGCAACGCACCGGCAGGGAAUGCGGCUGGAAUGCCCUGUGUCAUUUUCUUGAGGUCAAACACGUUCACAAAUGGAUCCAGAACAUUGGAAGACAUGUACUGGAUAGGAUGGUUGUAUUCAAGAGUUGACGAUAACACGCCCUUUGUAAGGUCGAUUUUCACCAGAUUCGAGUUCGUGCCCACGAGCAACUCGGUCUGCGUGUUGGAUGUGUAUGCCAUGGCGAAAAACUGCGUUUCAGGCGGAGACUUGACCGUUCCAGACCCGCACGAUCUGGUCCACGGACGUGGUCACCACGCGGUCGGCUCCCAAAAGAGCCACAUCGGUGAUUGUAGACGAGGCUGCGUCGGCAAAGAACGUGCUGGUGAGCUGCUCGGACCGCAGGUCCAGGUUGGACACCGCAAGACCGUUGUCGUCGCCGCCCGUGACCACCACGGCCUUCCCGUCAGUGACGGCCAGAUCGAACGACUUGAUCGACGACUGGUGGAUCUGCUGGUUGAUGAGCAGCUGGUUCAGUUUCUGCACGGUUCCGACCGCGUGUGUUGGCUCGUUCACCAGAGAAAGACCCGACUCGCUAGUCCUGAACCAUUCGUCCAGCUCGGCAACUUUGUAUACGGCCAAAUGGCCGUUGGUGGCUCCUAUCACCAUGUAGAUCUGGUCCAGCACCACAAGCCGAAUGUUGAGCAGACAACAACUGGCGUAGGUGUGUUCCACUAG